AUGCCUGUUGAAAAAGAUUUAAAAACUGCGUACAAAACCUUAUAUGAUGAUAAGGAGCCACUGAAGGCCCUUCAUCUUUAUGAUGAAAUCCUCAAAGACUCGCCCAAGAACUUAACGGCUCUAAUUUUCAAGGCAGCAUGCCUUGAAAAGCUAUACUUUGGAUUUUCUGAUUGGCACAGCGACGUGACUAUGCAAAACGCAAAGGAGCUCCUCGACAAGGCUCUAGUGACAGCUGAGGGUAGGGGCGAUCGGUCGAAGAUCGCUCUAGUUAACUUUCGUUACUUUGUUCAUUUCUUCAACGUCAAAGACUAUGAACGGGCCCAGUCAUAUUUCAAGAAAGCCAAAAAUCUUGGUUAUGAUGAUGACACUUUGCCUCUGUGGGAGAUUCGUCUGGAGACAAAAUUGAGUAAAAGAAGUAAAAAGCAGAGAGACUCAACUAUGAAACAUAUAAUUUCAUCAGUAGAAAGUACUGAAGACAAAAGAGAGAAGAAUCCUUCUCAUAGUCCUAUUUCAUCUUUCAAAAAUGAAACCGGUACUCAAGAAUUCCCUAAGUUUAGAGUCGAUUGGUACCAAUCUAGCGCCUGCGUCACUAUAUCGUUAUUCACUGUUAAUCUUCCUGAAUCUAAAGAGCAAGUUAAUAUACAUAUCUCUUCAAAGGAUAGGAGAACUUUAUUAAUAUCGUACCAAGUACCGAAAGCUGGGUCUGAAUUUCAAUACAACACUAAGCUUACGCAUGAAGUAGACCCAAAAGUAGUUUCAUUAAAUAUUUUCCAAAAAAAAUUGGAAAUUACCUUGAGGAAAAUUGAUAAUAUGCAAUGGAAGGCUUUGGAAGAAGGAAUGUCAACAGAAGCGUCAAGAUCAUCAGAAAUGAAUAUAGAUUCGGAUUCUCCAACAUGCCCAUCAUUGGCAGAAACAACGUCAAAAGAGAGACUGACUUAUCCAUCGUCAUCUAAAAAGAAAAUAGAUUGGUCUAAACUUGAUAUUGAUGAAGAAGCCGAUGAAGAAGCGGGAUCGGCUGAUAGUUUCUUCCAAAAGCUCUACGCCGGAGCGGAUCCAGAUACCAAAAGGGCUAUGAUGAAAUCCUUUAUAGAAAGUAACGGUACUUCGUUAAGCACGGACUGGGAAGACGUAUCUAAAGGGACGGUUAAAACUUCACCACCAGCAGGUAUGGAAUCUAAACAUUGGUGA